AUGGAUAGAAGAACCGUUAAAGAAGUUCAUCAGUCUGAGAUUCGCCGCCGUUCAGCAACUGUCACACUUCCUCAGUUCCUCCGCGAAGUUCCUCUCGUUCCCAUCUCGCGGUCAUCUCAUUUCUCUUCCGUCUCAUCAUUUCAUAGCGGUGUGAUACUGAUAUCCUCGCGCAUUUCGUCGAUAAUCCGAUAUGUUUGUGGUUCUUUGUGCGCUCGCUUCGGGAACCUCUUCGGACUACAAAAUUACCUGAGCGAUUUGGUCUCGCGAUCUGUGAUCGUGCCCUCGGAUCUCGGAUUUUCGCACGUUGAUAUGUUCCUCGCGUUCCAUUCGGUGAAAAUGCCCUCCAUUCCAGUCUCCGAAUAAUCUCGGAAGGCCUCAUAGUGUAAUAUUUAGGAAGCUCCAUGGUUCAAGUGCAUAUUAC